AUGGACGAAGAAAGUAGACAUGAAAGUCCUAAUAAUGUUAUUUGUAGUGGGCAACCUAUAUUAUUCAAUGAACAUGAUACUGUAUCUUUGUAUUCAGGAAAGACCUUUACGUCAUGGGAAGAAUGUGAACAAUUUUUGAAUGAAUGGGCAAAGAGUCAAGGUUUUCAUAUAAUUAAAGAUCGUGUAACCCGUUGCCUUUCAAUCCGAUGGUAUAAUAUAAACAAAGAUGGAUCGCAAGAACCAUUCUUGGUUGCUGAUAAAUUUAUACAAGAUGAUCAACAACAUUUUUCUUAUGAUUUUAAUGAUUCUUCAACAGAGGAAGAAGAAUCAAAUCCAUCAGAUUCUGAUGAAUUAGAGUUGCAACAAGAAAUCAUUACAGGUGAUAAGGAAAAUUUUGAUCCUUCAAUACCAAAGUUACAAAAUCCUAAGAUACGUCGUGGAAAAGGCUGA